ACUCCAGCAGCGGGCUGCUCGUGCGCUGAGCACAGCGAUUGGCGACAACAAGCAGUCGAAACCGUGCACCCAAACAUGAAUCGGUUUUGUCACCUGUAUGCAUUCACAUAGCACCAUACGAUAGGCGCACCCUUCAUACAAUGUUUUUGGGACUGCGACGGCCACCACUGCGACGACAGAGUUCGCCUCACUCAACCUUGCCUAAGUGCCGUGUGGUGGUCUGAGGAUGGGUAUAGAUUAUAGUCAUCAUAUGUGAUGAAGUUGGUGGGAAUGGAGGAAGGUGGCAAGGAAAUGGCAAGAGAGCGCCCAGCUCUACGGGCCAGCAGCCAGGCGGUGCGCAUCAUCUUGCAGCCUGUCAGGACCAGUGUGUUAGUGGCGGUGCUGCUGGCCCUGCAGCUGGGCCUGCUGCAGCACUCAGCACAUGCCAUCGAUUUCACCCUGGCGUCUCAGGAUGGCUACUUCUACCCUGCUCUGGAUGACUUGUUAGCCAGCCCCACAACGGGCACAGUGCUAGGCACGCUCAGCGAACUGGAGAGCUUGGCGGACCCGGCCACAGGAGUGGUCAAAAUCAGCUCCGGGCGCAAGGCAGUGAUAGCGUCAUCAUUCUUCUCAAUAUUUUCAACAGUAAAGUUCCCGCUGUGGAGGGUGGAGACCCUCGCGAACGGGAGCUCGACCAAUGUUAUUCCAGCGGGCUUUGCUGUCAGCCCAGAUGCGGAGCUGCUGCUGGUGGGAUUUAGCAUGAACUGGAUGGCGACACCCAAGCGAAACAUGAGCGCGAGCUCCGCAGUUACCACCCAGUUCCCCGCGCUGCAGCCGCUGCUUGAAAGGCUGCGUAUGUAUGUUGAACUUUCGUCCGGGGCGCGGCUGCAGCUGCUGCGCAGCAGGAUUGAAGCCAUAAACUGUGACGCGCUGCUGCGCCUGUACAACGGGUUGGGACUGCUGCGGAUGCAGUAUGAGGCACUGCCGGCGCUGUCGGGGGGCAUACGUCCGGAGAUGCGGAUGGUGUAUCCGUACCUGUUCAUCAAAUACGCGCAGCUGGGGCCGUUCUGGGUCGAGGACCUGACCAUCACCUGCGCCAGCACGGCGGACCUGAGCCCCGCCGCCUGCCCGCAGCAGCCGCCCACGCUGCUGAACGUCAGCUCCGUGGACGACUUCCUGGGGGCGCUGCGGCUGGUGGAGGCGGCGGACCUGCCCGCCUGCACGCAGCACCAGACCGUGCUGCGCCUCACGCGCAACAUCACGCUGGACGUCGCCCGCUGGCCGCAGGACGGCGCGUACAUCACCAGCAACGUGACAAUCGAGGCGGCCAGCGACACGGGCGGCCCCGUGAUCCUGGACUUUUCGGGCGGCCUGAACCUGUUCAAGCUGCGGGCGGCCGCCUUCGUGCAGCUGCGCGGCAUCGUGCUGGCGAACCUGGCGCUGAGCCCCGUGGGCGCCUACGUGGUGCCCAUCUGGCCCUUCCAGUUCGACCGCGAGCUCAAGUUUACGGAGGAGUCCCGGCUACACCUGGUCAACACCACCGGUAUCAUCCCCUCGGACGAGUUCGUGCACCUGCAGUACUGGACCACCAUCCUCACCAACCCCACAGCCGCCAUUGCGGCGCUGGCGGCCUGGCAGAAGCUGGUGCAGCGCAUGGAGCUGCUUGCCAUGGCGCCCGACUCGCUCACCUUUGCCAAGCUGUGCGCCAUGGGCGUGACGGGCGAUAACAUCGUCAUCACCACGCGCACCUUUGGCGUGCGCCAGCUCGUCCCCGUCACCGGCGUAAACCAGCUGCUGGGCACCGACUUCCGCGUGGGGCCGCCCUACAUGGUAGCCGUCUACAAUGCCAACAUGCUCGUGCGCAUCCUGGCCAUGCCCGAUGCCAAUUUCGCCAAGCUGGCUGAGCAGGACGGUCUGACCAACGGCAACACCACCACGGUGCUGCUGCUGCUGCAAAACGACGUCACUCUCAUGGACCCCGCGAAGUGGCCGCCGCCGGGCGCCCUGCAGGUCCGGCGCAAAAUAAUCAUUCAGGGCAAGCCCUUUAAGAACGUGACGCUGGACUUUGGCGGCGGCACCUCGCUGUUCACCACCACUGGCCUGGGGGCGGUGAACUUCCGGCAGCUGACUGUACGGCGGGCCGGCUGGCUGCUGCCGUACAACCGCAGUACGGCGGCCAGUGAGAAGCACGCCAACGUGUUCAUGCAGGCCAGCGUGUGGCCUGUGCUGUUUGACAGGAACGGCGUGGCCAAGGUGGACCUCACCAACGCCACGCUCAUGGUGUCGCCGCAGGAGGUGCAGAUCUACUCGGCCUGCCUCGCCUACCACAACGCCACCCGCCUCGUCGCGGGGGGCGGCAGCAGCAGCAACGCCGUCAGCGCGGUGGUGCCCUCCCUGCCGGGCAGCCUGACGCCGGAGAUGUGCAGCGAAGUUUUCCCACGCGACACGCUGGUGACGAAUGCGAGCAGCUCGGCGUUGGCAAUCAGCGUGAUGACCAUUACGAGUUUCCACGCGGAUAACAUCACAGUGCUCGUGGAUGUCAACGUCACACGGCCCGACCUGGAUGCGCUGCUGGCGGGCACCUACCCCCCUGCCGACCUCAGCAACGACGGGGGCGGCGGCAGCAGCCGCACCGCCGCCAUCAUCGGCGGCGUGGUGGCGGCGGCGGUGGGCGUGCUGCUGCUGGCGGUGGGGCUGCUCAUGUUCCUGAACAGGCGCGCGCGCAGCCGCCAGCACGAGAAGCACCUGCGCGGCCUGCAGGCCAAACAGGCGCACCACCUGGAGGAGCUGAGCAAGACCAACCCGCUGGCGCAGCUCAUCCUGGACCACCUGGCCGGCAAGGACCCGGGCGUGGCGCAGCUGGUGGUCACCAACACAGGCCCCAGCCACGACGCCGCCGCGUCUGCCGUGGCCGCCGGCGCCGCCGACACCCACUGCACCGGCAGCGGGAGUACAGGGGCGCUGGCGCCAGCCGCCAGCGCCAGCGGCCGCCACGGCAGCGCAACCACUGGCGGCGCCAACAGUGCCGCCAACCUAGGCAUCGCGCGGGUCAGCAGCGCUACGGAUGACGGCGACUCCAAGAGCCGCGGUGAUGCGGCGGCUCUUCGCGACACGCCCGUGAAUAUUGCGGCAUCGGACUUGACGGAGCUGUUCAAGCACCUCACCAUUCUGGGAGUAGCAAACAUCCCGCCGGCAGCGGACAGCGGCAGCGGGCCGCAGCACACCCUGGGGCGCGAAUCGCGCAGCAAGGGCCCCGUCGCGGCCGCCGGCGGCGGCAGCUCCUACACGGCCUCGCCCAUGGGCAGCGGCAGCGGCGCGCCGCGCGCGUUGUCCGGGGCGGUGCCGGCAGGCUCGCCGUUGCCGCUGCAGCUGUCCGGCUUCGCCGGCUUCACUGCGGCCAUGGCGGCUCGGCUGCAGCGGCGCACCAGCCUGUCGGGGCUGCGGCACAACCGCAGCACCACCGAGCGCGAGCGCAGCUCGGACGCGGUGAUUGGAGCGCGCGAGCCGCGGCCGGAGGUGGCGGCGCGGCGCGGCGCCAGCAUCAACGGCGUGCUCCCGUCCGACGCGAUGGCGGCGGCGGUGGCGGCGGCGGCGUCGAGCGGCGGCGGCGGCGGCAGCAGCGGCGCCGGGAAAGACGCCGCCGCCGGUGAUGUGGAGGCCGGCACGGCAGGGCGGGCGGCGGGCAAGGCCGCGCCGGCGGCCGAUAGCGCCAACGGCGACAGCACGUCGGGCAGCAAGCCCGCGGAUAGCGGCGGGCCUAGCGGCGAUGCGGCGGAUGGCGACGGCGGCGGCGCCAAGCCGCAGGGCAGCAGUGGCGAGGACCCCAAGGCGCGCGAGGCGACCCAGGCCGCGGCCAAGGCGGUGGCGGCGCUGCCGUCCAACCUGACGGAGCAGAUCUCUCAGAGCCCGGUGUUGGAGGAGCUGCUGCGGCUGAGUGUGGACCUGGCGGGCGAGAUCGACGACAACCAGCUCAUUGUGACUGACGUGGUCGCGUCCGGGGGCUUCGGCACUGUGUACAAGGGCAUGUGGCACAACCUGGCGGUUGCGGUGAAGAUCGUGCUGUUCUCCACCGCUUCCGUCAACCGCCGCAUCGCGCUUCAAGAGGCGGCGCUCUCCAAGUCCAUCUCGCACCCCAACAUCAUCGCCACCUACGCCGUGGACGCCAAGCCCAUGUCGGUGCUGGGCCGAGUGCUCAAUCAGCCGCAGGCCAACGGCGGCAGCCUGGCGCCGGGCGGGCAGCCGUCCAAGAGCCUCGCCGACAUCCAGGAGUGGCGGCUGUACAUCAUCCAGGAGUUUGCGGACGGCGGCACCCUGCGCCGCGCGCUGGACCGCGGCGUGUUCCACGACCCGCACACCGGCCUGCCGCGCAUGGACGCGCUGCUGGACAUCGCGCAGGGCGUGGCGGCGGCGCUGGCGCACCUGCACAGCAAGAACGUGGUGCACGGAGACCUGAAUCCCAAGAACGUGCUGCUCAAGAUCGCACCGCUGCCGAUGGGCGGCCUGGGCUUUAGCGCCUCCGCCGCACGCAGCUCCGUUUCGGGCUCCGCACCCGGCACCGGCGGCAGCAAGGCCAGCUGGGGCGGCGUCAAGGGCCUCCAGCCGGGCAGCGGCGGCGCAACGGGGAGCGGUUUGAUGCUGCCGCCUGGCAGCUCGCAAUUCGGCAGUUAUCCUAUGGCGGGGCGUUGCGGCUUUGCGAUCAAGGUGGCGGACUUCGGCCUGAGCGUCAAGAUGGAGAACAGCCACAUCAGCGGACUGAGGCAGGGCACGCCCUUCUACGCGGCACCGGAGCUCACGACGCUGGGCAUCUUCUCGCGCGCCGCCGACACCUACGCGUACGGCGUCAUGCUGUGGGAGCUGUUCUGGGGCCGGCCGAUCUGGGUGCCGGACGCGCGCGCCCCCGGCGGCUACGUGCAGCACGCCGACUUCCCGCACCUGCCGCGCGAGUGCCCGCCCGAGUACGCCCAGCUGCUGGCGGACUGCCUGCAGCUCAACCACCUGCAGCGGCCCUGCUUCGAGGAGGUGCUGGUGCGCCUGAGGCUCAUGGCGCAGGGGCUCGCGAUGGCGGCCGUCUUCAUGCCCAACAGCGGCGCCUAUGGGCCCCUGGACAGCGCUGCCUCCCUCACAAUGCCCGGAUUGCCCGUGGCCGUGGGCGGCGUCGGCGGCGGCGGCGGCGGCUACCCGGCCGGGGGGCUUCAGGGUCUGGUGGCGGCAGGAUCCACCGGCGGCAGCACCGGGUACCAGCGUUUCAGCGCCAAUGGCAUGAGCCUGGGUGGCAGCGGCGGCGGCGCGGGAGGCGGCGGCGGCGGCGCUGGUGGUGGUGGUGGUGGUGGCGGAGGAGGAGGUGCUGUGAAUGGCAUGGCGGGCGUGGGCCUAGCGGCGCAGCAGCAGCAACAGCAGCAGCAGCGCGCCGCGUCCAUGGGUGCGCACUUGGCGGCGACGGGCGUGGCGGCGGCAGUGAACCGGGCGGGGCUGGGCGGCAUGGCGCCGGCCCCCGGCGGCGGCGGCACGGGAGGGCAGCAGCAGCAUCAGCAGCAGCACCAGCAGAUACAAAUGCAGCCCGUGCAACAGGCAUACCAGCCGCAGCAUUCCCCGCACCAACCGCAACAACAACAGCAACAGGUGCAGCCCCAGCAACAACACCACCAACAACAACAGCCACCGUACCAACAGCAGCAGGCGCAGCAGCAACAGCAAUACGCGCCGCCGCAACACGGCAUUGGCAGGGGCACCAUGGCGGCUGCCACGGCGACAGCAGCAGCAGCAGCAGCAGCAGGAGGAGGAGGGCAGCAGGCGCAGCAUGCAGCGGCCCGGUCGCCAUCAGGGCAAGCAGGAGGGCGCCUGCCGCCCAUCUCACCUGCCGCGCUGCAACCGCCGCCGCCCGCGGCCGCGGCUGCGACGGCCGUGGUCGUGACGCAGCAUGGCCGGUCGCCGGCGCCGUCCCCAGCUGCUGGCGGCGCCGGCAGUGGCAGUACUGCCGGACCGGUCACACCAAUCACAGAUGAGAUCGACGGCGUCGCAUCCGCGGAGUCGCUUAUCGCAGUGGAGGUGUGCCCCUCCGCGUUGCAGAGCAUCGCCCGCUCGCCAGACGCCACGACCGGCGAGGGAGGGCUGCGGCGGGACUCACAAGGCUCCGCCGCCGCCGCCGCCGCGCCCGCUGCUGCUGCCGCGGCCGCAAGAGGCACCGCAAUUGGGGCCGCCGGCGGCGGAGCCGCCGCUGCUGCGACUGGCGGCGCGGCGCCCGGCUGCAUCAGCAGCGGUGCAUUCAACGGAUUUAGUUUGGAUCCGGAUCGCGGCUCGAACGGCUGCGUUCCGUCCAACCUGUCGGUGGCGCUGUCGGCGCCCGUACACGCAGGCCUGUCCUUACAGGCGGCGGCCGACGGCGGCGGCGGCGCUGGCGGCGGCGGCGUGCCUGGCGACUACAGCCUAGCUGGCGUCAGCGCUGGCGGCGGCCUGGCGGCGGACGCCGGCAUGGGGGCCCUCCCCGCCGCCACGGCGGCGGCGCUGGCGGCAGAUGAUGAGCUGCUGGCCCAGUUGAUGGUUGCGUCGGCGGCGGGCGGCGGCAGCACGUGGGGCGUCAUCGGCGGCGUGCCGCAGCAGCGCGUGACGGCGACGGCCAUGGCUGCCGCCGCGGCGGGCCUGGAGGCCAUCAUAGAGGAGGACGACGAGCUCGACCCUGACACGCGCCGGGCGAGCAACGCGUAAUGCACAGGACGAGGGCGAUCGCGAAAGGGUUGCUGCUAGUGUCUGAAGCGUUUGCGGGCGGAUGGUGGGGUUUCCAGGACUGAUUGUCAGUUCUCUGUUGUAUUUAUCAUGCCGGCAUGCAAUGCCAGUAUUAUUAUGUUGACAACCACACGCGUUCGCUCAUUUCCUGACGGACGUUGACCGCUGGGACAUGUCACUUGCAUCAUCUUCAAUACCGCAAUCGCUAAAUAGGAUGCACACAUGUCUUGUUUCCAAAGUGUCUCUUGGGUGCCCCUCUUACCAGAAUGUUGGGCCCGAUUGUGACUCCGAAUAUGCGCGGGCACUCGCGAGCGGAUUGCAUGUAGUGGCACAAGCACUGCCAGGCGGCCGCCUGCGUCAGCAUUAAGCAGUGGGGCCUGAAGAAGGUGAAGGAGGGGAUUGACCUGUGUGACAGUGACUAGCGUGCUGGCCAGUGGGCGGCGGAUGGUGUGAAGAAUUCGGUCGUGCAUAGCAUUAUGUCUAAUCCCGGACAGAGGAAGAGACACAGACAGAAGCCUCACUAGCAAGAAUGAAUGUGCGUUGAAUGCUCAGGACUGUCAAGGUUUCGAUUACAAUUCGGUGGCGCCAGUCACGCACAUUACGCACUGGCCUGCAUGGGCGAUCUGACACCAACUGUUGCCGCAUGCAUGUGUUCCGGAGCAUGCCUGUGAGAGCCCCGCAGGCAACACACCUUGACACAUUGGAUAAGGCGUUGGCACUGCAGCAGUUUGGGUUGGUAGUUGGGUGAGAGAAGGUGUAUUGUGUGGGCCGAAGUAUUGGUCCCAAAGCCGGGGUGCGCGCAGCCUGCACGGGCCACGCAAUCGGAAAGGCUUUCUUUGCAACUCAAUUGCUUGACAGUGACUUGUCAUGUACUGCCCCCCUGGACGAUAAGGCGAGGGGUGGCUGGAUUCAGGGCAAGUUACAGCCGCACAGGGUUGUCAGUGAGGGUUUUGUAUGCACAUUGGGAGACCUGGCAUGCGCUCGCGCCAUGGGUCGCAGGGAUGGGGCACUGAGCAAAAACGUUGUUAGGGUCUGGCGGCAGGAUUUGACAAGCUAUGGGCGGGGCGGCGACAGCGCUAAGCGGGUGGGUCGGCAGCACCAGAGAGACAACUUAUGUCCUUGUACUUGGUGGCAUUCCUAAUGAACAAUUACACGAAGAAGGAACGAGAUGUCUUGGGUGUGGAGUAAUAAAUUCACUUGGGUUGACACGGGUUUAGGUCCUACCGGUGUGAAAUGGAACGUGAAGAAGGCAGGCUGUUGCGCGUGCAGCAAUACCCAUGCUCAUGCUCGGCAGGGACCUCUGUAACCGCUCGGCAGGGACCUCUGUAACCAUGUAACAAA